CCACUGACUGAUCAACUUCAAAACAGGCUUUCUUAGCGUGACCCUCUCAGAGAGUGAGGUGGUUAGAUUGAACGUUGCUGGCCUUUUGAAAAUUUACGAAUAUGCUGUCAUUGACGUUGAGGCAAAUUGCACGGCCGUUGUGCCAGCGUGCCCCGGUGGCCCUGAGCAGCGUGGGGGCGAGGAGGGGUCAGCAUGCGGCUACCCGUAGUGUGGAGCAGGAGGCCCCAUGGACAGGGCAGGACAGUCUGGCCCAGGAUGACCCAGAGAUGUGGGACCUGCUGCGGAAAGAGAAGGACAGGCAGUGUCGGGGACUGGAGCUCAUCGCCUCUGAGAACUUCUGCAGUCGGGCUGCCCUGGAGGCCCAAGGAUCCUGCCUCAAUAACAAGUACUCAGAGGGCUACCCAGGCAGGAGGUAUUAUGGUGGAGCUGAGGUGGUGGACCAGAUAGAGUUGUUGUGCCAGAAGAGAGCCUUGGAGGCCUUUGACCUGGACCCUGCCCUGUGGGGGGUGAACGUCCAGCCCUACUCUGGCUCUCCCGCAAACUUUGCUGCCUACACCGCCGUCCUCAACCCUCAUGACCGCAUCAUGGGCCUAGACCUGCCUGACGGUGGACAUCUGACCCAUGGUUACAUGUCUGACACCAAGAGGAUCUCUGCUACCUCCAUCUAUUUUGAAUCCAUGCCCUACAAGCUCAAUCCUGCCACAGGACUCAUCGACUAUGACCAGCUGGAGAUGACUGCCCGUCUCUUCCGGCCCAAGUUGAUCAUUGCAGGCACCAGCGCCUACGCUCGCCUCAUUGACUACGCUCGCAUCAAGAAGUUGUGUACGGAGGUGAAGGCCUACCUGCUGGCUGACAUGGCCCACAUCAGUGGCCUGGUGGCUGCGAAGGCUGUCCCCUCUCCGUUCAAGUACGCUGACAUGGUCACCUCCACAACACACAAGUCCCUCCGAGGAGCCAGGGCUGGUCUGAUCUUCUACCGUAAGGGCGUGCGUUCUGUGGACAAGAAGGGGAAGGAGAUCCAUUAUGACCUUGAGGACAGGAUCAACUUCGCUGUGUUCCCCUCUCUGCAGGGGGGACCCCACAACCACGCCAUCGCUGGGGUGGCCGUCGCACUCAAACAGGCACAGACGCCGAUGUUCAGAGAAUACAUCGGCCAGGUGAUGCGGAACUCCAAGGCCAUGGCUGAAGCCCUACUGGGCAAAGGAUACACCCUGGUGUCAGGGGGGACGGAGAACCACUUGGUGCUGGUGGACCUGAGGCCUAAGGGCAUCGACGGAGCCAGAGCAGAGAGGGUUUUAGAGCUGGUGUCCAUCACAGCCAACAAGAACACCUGCCCUGGGGACAAGAGUGCUCUGGCGCCUGGGGGCCUCAGGCUAGGUGCCCCGGCGCUGACCUCCAGACAGUUCAAGGAGACAGACUUUGUCAAGGUGGUGGAGUUUAUGGAUGAAGGCUUCAAGAUCGCCCUGGACGUCAAGAAGAAGACUGGGAAACUAGCAGACUUUAAGAACUUCUUGUUGGAGGAUCCAGAGACAGUGGCCCGCAUGGCAGAGCUGAGGAAACGAGUGGAGGCCUUCGCACGGCCCUUCCCCAUGCCCGGCUUUGAGGAUCACUAGACCCUCCACACACACACACCGAGAGAGAGAGAGAAGCAGCUCUGUUCCAAUAUCCAACACAAGCAUACUACUUAGAAUGAAGCAGCAAUGUAUUUGGAUGUGAGUUUUAAGUGGUAGGCUAUUAUGGACAUUGGAACUUGGUGGUGGUCAGUGAUUGGAGUCAGACUCGGCGGAACCUCGCAGACUUAUCCAAACAGAUGGGAGACCUUGGUUAAUCCUUUGAUGUCAUCUGUUGACCUCUGACCUAACGUGAGGGUAAUUCUGUAGCUUGUAAUCCCUUUGUACGUUUCUACUCUGUAUGUUUACACACAAAAAAAAUCAUUAUUUUCCAAGUGUUAUUUUCUGCAUGUUUUAACAUUGUAGUGUAGAAGAAAGAGCUCAACGUCACCCCUGAGAGAAAUCAGUCAUCUAAUCUUAAACUCCCCUGUGACAUUGGCUGUCACCGCAAAGGUAGUGACUUGGAUAACAUUUAUUUGAAGCACAAAGUCUUAAGCUGUAAAUUGAACACAUUGUCUUAACUUGGUGGCUAGAUGUUCAUGAUUUGAGAUUUGAUAAUACACGUCUGUCGUACUACCCUA